UGGUUAAAAGAAAUCCCCUGCGUGAAGUGACGAAUACUCCCGCUUCUCUCUCAAUUUGAUUUUUCGCGCCGCGAGGAAUCUCUCUCGAUUCUGUGCAAAUUCCGGCAGAGGAAGGAGAAAACAAUGCCGGAAUCCAUGGAAGCAACACCGUCUGUACCUCCAAUCCUCGAUCUCCAAGCAGUUCGCUGUCGCAUAAGCGAGCUAGAAGAGUUGCAGAGAUCUUUGGAGGAAGAUGAAGCUUCUUCGACGGAUUCAUUAGGUUCUGAGAAGUUGUUGAAGGAGUGUGCUCUCCAUCUCGAGAGCAGACUGCAGCAAAUUCUGUCAGAAUUCUCUAACGUUGAUAGUUUCUUGGGGAUUGAUGAUCUAGAUGCGUACGUUGAACAUAUGAAAGAGGAACUUGUCAUGGUGGAAGCUGAAAGCAGCAAAAUCUCCAAUGAGAUUGAGGCUAUUAAGAGAAACAACAUAGAAGAUUCUAAUAGAUUGAAGAUGGAUCUCGAAGUAUUAAAAUUGUCAUUAGAUCGUCUUACAUCAGAGGAUCCAGAAAAGGCAACAUUUAAUUGCCGCUCUCCGGAUGGUGAAGAUCAAAUAAACAUGAUAGACAAGCGCGAAUGCAAUGCUUUUGAGGUAUUGCAACUUGAUAGUCAGAUUGAGCAGAACAAAAGAAUUCUAAAAUCUUUACAGGAACUGGAUGAGAUAUUUAAAAGUUUGGAUGUUAUAGAACAGGUUGAGGACACAAUUGGUGGCCUGAAGGUCAUUGACGUUGCUGAAAAUUUCAUUAGAUUGUCACUACGAACACACAUUCCAAACUUGGAAGAUCUAUCAAGUCUACAGAGACUAGAAGGUGUGAUUGAGCCAUCUGAAUUGAAUCACGAGUUGCUAAUAGAAGUUUUGGAGGGGACAAUGGAGUUAAAGAAUGCUGAGAUCUUUCCUGGUGAUGUCCACUUGCACGAUAUCAUCAAUGCUUCAAAGUCAUUCAGCAAUUCUUCGUUGGAAUGGUUUGUGAGAAAAGUACAAGAUAGGAUUGUUUUGUGUACUCUUAGGCGAUUCGUUGUGAAGACUGCAAACAAAUCGAGUCAUUCCUUUGAGUAUUUAGAUGAAGACAAUACGAUAAUAUGUACUAUGAUUGGAGGAAUUGGCGCAGUUAUUAGGGUGUCUCAAGGUUGGCCAUUAUCUGAUUCUCCUUUGAAGCUUAUAUCUCUUAAGAACUCCGACCAUUACACAAAAGGAAUUUCCUUGAGCCUCAUUUGCAAGGUGGAGAAAAUGGCAAACUCCUUGGACGUACGCAUUCGCCACAAUUUAUCAAGCUUUGCAGACGCCAUUGAAAAAAUAUUGAAGGAGCGAAUGCAUUUAGAACUCCACUCGGACGGUGCUCUCUGAUGAUGAUUAAGAACCAAAGUUCUUCAUCAUGCAAUUCAGUCAGAUUUCUACAUUGUAUCUAUUGGAUAUUUCGGAUUGGAACAAAUCGAGAGAUCAUUUUACCAGGUUAGAAAACUAAACACUUCUCUACUUGUACUAGAGCUCAGUAUAAAAGUUGUAGUCUGAUGAUUUUACAUCAUCAUAAUUUUAGCUCGAUUAUUAAUUGCUAAUUUGUUUUUGAUAACUGAAAUGUUGAAAAUCCCACC